GAGAGGUGAGUGACGAUGCCUAGUGCAUUGGGGAUCUGGAAACACUGGCAAGCUGCAGCACCGCCGUGGGUCAAAGUGGUAACUGGGGAUCUGAGCUCGGCGGUGACGCGCGGCCCUCACGUGACCAGGAGCCUAUGUCUGCCCAAGUCCCUCUCAUCCUGGUCCUUUUUGCCAGUCCAGACACCGUCUGCCCUUUGGUCGAGGGGAAAAGCAGAAGGAAGGAAGUCCCCGAGGUCCUCUGAAAUCGGUCUGCAGGUCACGGCGGAGAGAACGCCUGGGAGCAAACGGCCGGGAGAGGCCGUUCCCAACAUGGACAGAUCCUGCCAAGCAAAUGAGCAGCCACAGGGUUUGCCCGAGACGGACGAGGAGCAGCCUCGGGCAGAGCCCUCGCCCGAAGAGCCUCGUCGGGAGGAGCCUUGUCGGGAGGAGCCUCGUCCGGAGGAGCCUUGUCCGGAGGAGCCUCGUCCGGAGGAGCCUUGUCCGGAGGAGCCUUGUCCGGAGGAGCUUUCUACCGAGGAGCUGUCUUCGGAAGAGCAAUCCUCCGAGGACGAGUUCUUUCCCGAGGAGCUCCUUCCCGAGCUCCUUCCCGAGCUGCUGAUGUCCGAGGGGCGCCCCCUAGAGGAGCGCCUUUCCGGGCCGGACCUGUUCGAGGCGCGCCCUCCCAUGGAGCAGCCUCCUUGCGGAGUGGGAAAACAUAAGCUGGAAGAAGGAAGCUUUAAGGAAAGGCUGGCUCGCUCUCGCCCACAGUUUAAAGGGGACAUACACGGCAGAAAUUUGAGCAACGAGGAGAUGAUAAAGGUAGCAGAGGAGAUGGAAGAGAUGAAAAGAGUACGAAACAAAUUGAUGAUCAUGCACUGGAAGGCGAGACGGAACCGUCCUUAUCCUAGUUAAUGUGCCCGGCUUUUAAUGCUGGUUUGCCUAAUUUCAGUAUUGCCACUCGAAUCCCUCUCGCCAUCUUCUUAAUUUUAACUUUUUUUUGCAUGGCUUUAUUUAAGGUGUUUCGCUUGUAACUGGUGUAAAAUUGGGCUUCCUUCCCCUCCCAUCUGCAAGACUCCCUAUCAAUCAUGUGUCUCAUCCAUAUGCAUGGAAAGAUGGACAUUAUAUAUUGUGAAGUGAAAAAAGCAUUUUUCAAAAAGUAUAUGUAGUAUCCCAUUUUUGUAAAAAAAUGUAUAUUUAUAUAUUAAUAUGCAAAGUAAAACAAAGUAUAUACUUCAAAGGCUUAACAGUGACUGUUUUUGUGGUAAGAUAAUAGGUGUUUGUUUUACAUUUUUGCUUUGUUGGAACUUCUCAUUUUUUCAGGACGAACACAUUUUACUUGUGUUGCAAAAAAUUCCACACCCCAAAAUAAUGGGGAGAAUGUCAAGCAAUUUAUACACUAUCACCUUAUAAAGACAAUG